AAGAGGACGUCUGUGAACUUCAGUUCAGUGUAACAAUAUAUGCCUCGACCCGAAGCAGAAAAAAACAGUACGAAAUUUGACAGAUUAAGCUAUCAAAAUAUAAUUUUACUCCCUUCUAUACGCAAGGUACUGGAACACUAAAAUACUAAACAAAAAUCAGCGUAAAAUUGGUGAAAGUGCAAAUAAAAGAAAACUAAAGCCCAGGAAAGGGUCCAGGAUAAAAAUUCUUUUUAAAUAGACGAUGAAGUCUGAUGGUGAUAAACAGAAAUUUUAAAAUAAAUCUUUAAGCCUGUCAAGCUAAGCUGCUAUUUCCAGGUACCACCAUUUUCACUGUAUUGAACAUCAACCCAAAAUAACCCUGAUUUAUCCCUUAAGGGAUUAGACAAGACCUCUUAAUUUUUAUAUGCUCAAGAGAAUUAAUGAUCAAAUUUAAAGCAUCUUUUUGUAAUCUUGAACGAUAAAACAUCCCUUAGACAUCAUCAUUCCUCAAUCCUCAUUUAACCUCAAGGAAACCUCGUGUUGAAACCUCAAUGAAAAAAACUAACUGUGCCAGUGACUUCAGUUAUUGAAAGCAAUAUUCGUAAAAACUGAAAAUUGUAAGGGAACUAAAACAGCAGAUAUCACAUAAAGAUAUAUUACGAAAUGAUUUCCCCAAGUCCAUAUUUCCUCCAGAAACAUCCCAAUUAAGAUCUUAAUCCAGACAGGAAACCGAUUUCUUUUAGUGACUCGAGAAGCUACGACAAAUUUAUAAAUUCCCUUAAAGAUAAUCUGAUAACAGCCUGAAUCUCAUUUCCUUCUAAACCCCCUUAAAGCUGAUUCACCAUAUUUAAAAGACAAACUGUCAGUGAUAUCGUCAUUAAAAGAGAUAAAAUUGAUCUGUUAUCUUUUACUUUUGAGUCGUUUGAAUUUUCGUCAGGGCUUCUGGUCCAUUAUCAGUGACUCAGGGUCCCAUAAAUCAGAGCUGCCCCUUUUUCAGUGACUCGAGGUCCCAGAAAUCAAGAACUGUUCUCCCUUUGGCAGUGAGUCAGGGUCCCAAAAAUCACAACUGUCCCUAAAUCAGUGACUCAAGAUCCCAGAAAUCAGAACUGUCCCCUUGUCAGAGACUCGAGGUCUCAUAAAUCAAGAGCUGACCCUUUGUCAGUGAAUCAAGUUCCCUGAAAUCAGAAAUGUUCCCUUGUCAGUGACUCGGGUUUCCAAGAGUCGAGAACUGUCCCUUCGUCAGUGAUUUCAAGUACCCAGAAAUCAGAAUUGUCCUUCAACAGUGACUCGAGAUCACUGAAAUCAGAACUGUCCUUUUGUCAGGGACUCGAGGCCCAGCAAAUGACCUCAAGAUCCCAGAAAUCAAGAAUUGUCCCUUUAUCAGUGACCUCAAGAUCCCAGAAAUCAGAAAUGUCCCUCUAUCAGAAACUCGAGGUAUCCCCUUGUCAGUGACUCGAAGUUCAGAAACCAGACCUGUUCCUUCGUCAGUGACUCGAGGUUCCAGGAAUCAAGAACAGUAGUUUCGUCAGCGAUUCGAGCUCCCAGAAAUCAAGAACUGUACCUUUGCCAGUGAUUUAACGAGUCUCUUUGUCAGUGACUCGAGGUCCCAGGAAGCAUAACUGUCCCUUCUUUAGUAACCUCAAGACCCCAGAUGUAAAGUUGACCCAAAAUCGAUCCUUGUGUCAGUGACUUGAGGCCCUGGAAAUCAGAACUGCCCCUUUAUUAGUGACUCAAGUGCCAAAGAAACCAGAACUGUCCCUUUGCCAGUGACCCAAGGGCCCCAGAAAUCAAUAGGUACCUCCUUGUCAGUGACUCGAGGUCCCAGAUGCGAAUUUGACCCAGAGUCGACCCACUGCCAGUGAGACACAAGCCGCCACAGGAAAUCAAGCUGAUUCAGUACCUGCCGGUGGUCGAGCGAAGGCAGACGACCCCUCCGCCGGCGGAAGGUGGUGGCGUCGGCUGGUGAUGAGGUGUUUUGGGGCCGCGGCGGAGUCGUCGAAGGCGGCGAAGAAGAAGAAGAAGGUGGUGGUGGUGACGACGACGAAGGCGGCGGCGGGGCAGCAAGGGAGACGGAACCAUUGCUCUUACCGUCGGCCUCCGCCAUGAUGGUCCCAACGUAAACCCCAUAAAACAUAUAUAGAAUAUAUAAACAAAUAUAUAAAAAGUCCUCUUUUGUAAUAAAGAUAUAAAAUAUAAAUAUAUAUCUCCUUUGACGAAAUAAUAAUAAUAAAAACAACACAAAUCAAUAACCUCGUCAAGUUCCCCAGCUCUAUAAAAAUAACAAAUCCCUUGCCAGGGAGAAGAAGACAUUCAUCUCUCCCAUUAAAAAACACAUAUACACACAAUUAAACGCCAUGAAACAGGCUUUAGAGUAGAGGCAGCGGUCCACAAAGCAACAGCAGCAGCAGCAGCUGAAGGAGCAGAAGGAGCAGUAGCAGUAGCAGAAGAAGAAGAAGAAGAAGGAACAUCAGUAGCAGUCGCCCUCUCAGGAGCUAACCAGCAGCAGUGAGCAACAGGCGACCAAAUAAGCAGCCUUCGCGGCCACAAAUCCUGCCUUUAGGAGGAGCCUGCAGCAGUUCAAAGCAGUAGCAGAAGGAGCAGCGGCAGGAGCAGCAGCAGCAGCAGUACCAGAAGAAGAAGAAGGAGCAGUAGUAGCAGUCACCCUCUCAGGAGUCAAACAGCAGCAGUGAACAACAGGCCACCAAACAAGCAGCCUUCGCAGCUCGACCGCGCCAGCAGCCACACACGUCCCCAGCCUACAGAAAGGAGAAGGAGCCUUCAGGAGCAGGAGGAACCACGCAAGGGGUGCCGCCAUCUCGCAAGGAGGGGGCGCCGUCUCGCUACCACCGUCAUCCUCGACAGGAGGCCACCUAGCGGAGGAGGAGAGCAAACCAGCAGCAGCAGCAGCAGCAGCAGCAGCCAGCCAUCAUGACACCUCAGGUAGCGCUGCUCCUCGCCAUCAUGCUGGCAGGUGUGCCCGGAAGCGGUGCCCGAGGAGGCAAGGCAGGAAAGGGCGCCGGAGGGGGGGUAGGACGGUAUGGGUACCGAGGCAUCAACAACGUCGGCAGCUAUGAGAUGACAUGGGAAGAUAUCGUUUUAGCAAUACAGUUAUCUGCCAUGUGUUUUGGGGCAUUACUGGCCCUGUGCAUCGUGGCCUGCUGUGCUUAUAAGAUAUGUGGCCCGGCAGAGGAAGAGGACUGGGCCUCCAGAUACUCCGUUCUGAAACCUCCCCCACGCCUUCCUCCAGAGCUCCUCAGGGAAAUCUACACUCUCCCAUCCACAACCUCUGAGACUCCCGUAACCCGUUCAACUUCACAAAAGUACACAACGAAAUCCACCCCAGUCACUCCCGCUCACCGCACGAGAUCCCUAGGGGCCAGCUCAACCAUCAACUUCGUGGAGGGCGGUCCACGCGUGACUUCCGUCGGUACAGAUCCCAUGCCCAACAACAUACGACCUGCAGCGAGCCUAGGAAACUUGCCAAACGGUGGACCUGGAAGCUCAUCGGCAGGAGAAAUCACUCCAGCCCCACCCAGGCGCCACGACUCUGACCACAGGCACCGAUCGUCUGGACACAGGGGCCACUCUUCUGGAAGCAAGUCUCCCAAGAUCCUGAAUCUUGGAUGUAUGCUGGAUGGAAGACCAAGACUUCUGACACUUUCUGCGGUAUCAUCGGCCCGUGCAGCCAAAGAGGCUGCUGGAAGAGGAGCAGCCAAUAGAUUAGCAGCUCAUGACCAGCACGAUUCCACUCUGGAUUUAGCUCGGGCGGCUGCAUCCGCAAUUCCAAGCCUUUCGCGUAGGUCGUACUCUGAGUCGUAUAGUAGAUCCUACUCCGAUUCGUAUAGAAGAUCUUGCUCAGACUCAUACGGUAGGUCCUGCACUGAUGCAUACAGCAGGUCCUGCUCCGACACACACACAGCAGUCGUCUAGUUUUUCAGCUGAAUUGCUACAAUUACAGACAGGGAAUGUCAGGGCAAAAAAAAAAAAAAACUAUUAUGCAACGUUAUUUUGAGAUAGGAAAUAGGAACACUGUAUGAGUUGGUUAACUGAAAAGUAUAUAGUUCUGGAAGGAACGAUGAUUUAGGCAAGGCCAGCUCUAGGGCGCCACUGUCGAAGGUUUCAUAAGGAAAAGAUGGUUUAGGUGAUGAUGACGAUUCUAGGGCUGCAUGCAAUCGUUUACCUGCCUACCUUAAGCUUUAAGUAUCAAAACAGCAGGCACAUUCCACUUGACAAAUGACUCAAACUCUGCUAGAAUUUAACUCCAAUCUGUGCGUAAUCACAACAUUUUAUGAAAAGACUUUGUACGUGCAUUAUAGGUAGAUCAUUACAUUUAAGACCAGUUGUAGAGAGAAGAGAAAAUGUACAUUACAUUCCAUUUACACUGAAAACAGUCUGCAUUUGCUAUGAUGAGUGUGAGUUCAAUAGAAAAACCAAAUGUGCUUCAUCUUCAUCAAAACUUUUCGCCGUGAAGAAGAGGAAACGAUUUCAGGAUCCCUGAUUUGAUAUUAUAAUGUAGAAAAAAGAAAUGUAAAUAGUAACCGCAUAGAGAGUUAUUUCACACCAUAGAUUUGACUGAAAUUAAUGUUUAAUAUAGAAUUUAUAUGUAAUGAUUAGGUAAUACGAUAUUCUCACUUUUAAAUGGAACGUUUAUUGUCUCAAACAAUUCAAAAGAAUUACUGCUAGCUUACUAGUUUGUUUGCAAAGUAUAGAGUGCUCCAAGACUAUAGAUACUGACUUUCCAUGAGCCGUCUAACCUUUAGGGAGGCAUUUAUACUUAGGAAAAAAACAAUCUUUUAUAAUAUUCAAAAUCUUGUGCAACUGCAUACAUGAAAAAACACAACGAAAAAUUCUAUUUUUUGUGUACAUAUGUUGCAUAUGCUAGGAUUUUAUACCCGGAGGUUACAUAUAACUGGGAAAGAGAAUGUAUUAGUAGUGGUAAUACUGCAUUUGCAUUUCACACUGUGCUCAAAAUGUCAUGUUGUUCAUGUUAUUUCAUUCUGGUGAGCAGUUUCCUUUGGUGGUUUUCGUAAAUGUCAAAUACUCCACAAUAUUUGUACUGAUAUAUUUUCAUGAAUGAUAAUCCGGAACUUUUUACGACUGAAAGUGUCUCGUCAGAAACUGUGUUAGCGAUCAAACCGUGCUCUAAAAGAUUUAAAUACGAUAUAAUCCCCCCUUUCAAGAUAAUUGGUAGUACAAAAAUCCACUGAAUUAAAAAAAAACUAAAUCAAUAAACAUUUCAUCAACCAAUAAAAGAAUCAAAAUUAGAAUUCAAACCGUUUACAGGGAAUGAUGAUAUAAACACUCCGCCUUUACAAGCGGAGGCUAAAUACACAUUUAUGCAUAAAAUACCUCAGAUAAUAUUUAUUUUAGGCUACGUAGCUUAAUCCUAGACUAAAAAUGGGUCACAGGAAGGAAGGAGAAGGAGGAAAUAAACUCUGUAAGUCUAGAUUUCCAAAUUUAUCUGCGGUAAAUUGUUGGACUUCGGUAGUGGGUACUUUUUUUCUUAGAGGGUAAUACUUUUAGUGUUUUUUAGAGUUUAAUAAUCGUGUAACAAAUGCAUAUAGAUGUAUAUACAAAACGCUUGAAAUGUAUAUGUAUAUAUGUAUAUGUAUGUGU